UGAACAAGCGCGAGUUUCGCGCCCGCCGCUUUCCUGCCAUGGGCACUGAGAGAUGACGCAUUUCGGGGGCAUCAAGUCUGCCUCAUUGUCGCAUGAGGAGGCCAUUCUGGCAGGAAUCGACGAACAUGGAUGCUGGGCGCUUGUCCACGCAUCCGAGGAGCUGCGACGAGAUGCAGAUUUCCUCCUUCGCGCAGUAGCCAAAGAUGGCGGCUGCCUGCGGUAUGCAGCCGACGAGCUUUGCGCGGAUGAGAAGGCUGCCGUUUCGCAGAACGGGCAUGCCAUGCGCUUUGCUGCCCCCUCCGUGCGGGCAGAGAGGCACUUUGCGUUGGAGUGCGUGAAAUCCAACAGCGAGGCAAUGCUCUAUGUGUCUACAGAGCUCCGUGAUGACGCGCAUUUCACGCUAGAAGCGGCGCUCAGCGGCUGCUCCAAAGAUUUGGUGAACCCACGCCUGCGCGUUUGGUUGGAGAAGCGAGACGAGCUUUUGGUCCGCAUGCGCGAGACCAUUGACAACCAAGACCUGCCGGGCAUCCGUGAGGUCAUCAAGGAUGGCGAGGAGCACGGCUUGCCAGAUAAAGAUCUGCAGGAGCCACGCAGCGCGGUGAAGAAGCUGGUGAAGUACAGCGAGGUGGGGAGCUUGUGGGAGCCAUUGCAGUCCAGCGAUGGAGAGCCGCCUGUGGUGCUGAUCCGAGGCUCUUGGCUGUGCUCGCUGGCCGCCUCUGGGGGUCGACUGCCCAGGCGCCAGGAGCUACCGGCGGAGGCGGUGUGGGACUGCCGGGAUUUGCAGGCCGACUCGGAGGAGUACGACCGGGGCCGGCACCAACUGGCGACCAAAGUGGUGGCGGUGUCGCACAGCCUUCAGCAUCCAGACCCCUCAGGGGUCCAGCUGCGCGCAGUGGCAAACCUGGCGCGAAGCUGUUUGCAAGACCUGGGCGAUGUGGACAUAGCGCUGUUCAUAGAUUACUGCAGCCUCUUCCAGGAGCCUCGCACACCUUCAGAAGAGGAGGUGUUCGAAGAAAGCUUGAAGCACGUGGCGUUGUGGUACGCGCACAAGCGGACCCAGGUUUGGGUGCUCACCGCCACAGCCUCAAGCGAGCUUCCGGACGCCACGCCGGUUCCUUAUGAGCAGCGCGGCUGGCCAAGCUUUGAGCGAAAUGUGGCGGAGCUUCUGGCAUGCGAGGGCGGCGCCGGCCAGUCCAUCCUGCUGGUGAGCGAGGCUGCCAUGGAGCUACUGGAGCGAGAGAUUGAGUGGCCUGAGGUGAUGAGAACCUUGAAGGCCAAGCAGGAGCCGCCCAAAGUGCCCUCGGCCUUCUGCGAUCUGUUGGCGACGAAGUCGUUUUCGGAGCAAAAGGACUUGAAGAUGCUUCAGGAUGCAUACUCAGUCGUGUUCGAGGAGACCAUGAACACAAUGAGAAACCUCGUCUACUGCGAUUUGGGCUGGGGAGACCGGGCGGCGGCAGACUUGGCCCUGGCUGUGAAGGCGUGCUUCUUGCUAGUGAACAUCAACCAAGGCAACAGUGUGGCCGAUGACGGCUGUGGCGUGCUUUUCGAAGCCUUCACUCAGUGCGUGUCUUUGGCGCAGAUCACCCUCCGUGCCAAUCGAGUUGGCGACAUCGGCGCACGGCACAUUGCUAUGCGCUUGCCACAAUGCCUCUCAGUGGAGGAGCUUGACUUGAGCUUCAACCGGAUUGGCAAUGCAGGGGCCGAAGAGUUCCUCCAUAUGUUCCAGAAUGGCCCGCAUCCGUCAAUGAAGGAGUUGCUGCUGAACAACAAUCUUGUGGGCUCAUCUUUGAAGUUGCAGCUCGCCAGCGUGGCGCAAGAAUGCCAGGGUAGUGAUUUCACCCUCCGUGUUUUGUGAGUUGGCCUGCGUCCGUUCUUUCAGGCUACCCUUAAUUGGUGGUUUGGAUUGGUG